UAACAAUCUUGAAGAAAUGAAGAAGUGCUGUAGAAGUUGAGGUGCAAAACAACGCAAUUGUAGGAUUUUCGUGAGGAGUUUGGACAGGCUUGCUGGAUUUCCGUCCUAAAUAUGGUAGUCAGGUAUACCACAACCUUCCUUUGAUUGAUCUAGAGAGGAUAACUGAACGAAACACGUAGACGAAAGCUUGACAGUCGGUUGCCAUUUGCAGGUAUACCACAGAGGCUAAUGUACAACUCAGUGAAUUUUGACCCUUUCCAUAACCUUUGACUCAAUGGCUGGAAAACGAACUGGGAGUGCUGAGCGUCAAAUUCCACACACUAGAAUAGAGGAUGAGUCUGUUAUUGAAGAGACGUAUGUAUUAGGAGAGAUUCUAGGGCAGGGCAGUUUUGGUGUUGUGCGAGAAGCAACAAGGAAAGAAGAUGGGACUAAAUGGGCCAUUAAAAAGAUAAACAAGGAAAAAGCGGGUAGUUCAGCGAUAAAAUUACUAGAAAGAGAAGUAACUAUUUUAAAAAGAGUAAAUCAUAUACACAUCAUACAUUUAGAAGAAAUCUUUGAGACUGCAAAGCGUACAUAUUUAAUAAUGGAACUCUGCAAUGGUGGUGAAUUGCAAACAUUAUUUAGAGAAAGGCAGUGUUUUACAGAAGACGAUACACGUAUAGUUAUAAAAAGACUGGCUAGUGCAAUUUCUUAUCUACAUAAACAUGAUAUUGUGCAUCGUGAUAUAAAAUUAGAAAAUAUAUUAUUAAGUUCAGAUCCCAAAUGUCCAGAAGAUAAUCUUUUUAUUAAGGUCACAGAUUUUGGCUUAUCAGUGGUGAAAGGCAAUGUUAAUAGUGCAUUACAAACGUUUUGUGGAACUCCAAUCUAUAUGGCUCCAGAGGUUAUUAAAGGUCAUCCAUAUACACAGCAGUGUGAUGUUUGGAGUAUGGGAAUUAUUGCAUAUACACUCAUGUGUGGUUCACCUCCAUUCACUGGUAAUGAUGAAGACUCAUUGUAUGACAAUAUUAAAAAAGGAGAAUUAGACUUCAGCCAGGGAGUGUGGCCAAGUGUAAGCGAUGCAGCUAAAGAUGCAAUUCAGUCUAUGUUGACUGUAGACACAGCUCAUAGAAAAGGUGCCUGGGAAAUCCUUGAUCAUCAUUGGAUUACGGGGGAGGGAACCGCUCGUCUCAAUGUCCUAGAUCUCAUGAAUCAGUUCAAGGAAGAGAUGAGAUUGGAAAAAGAAGGUCAAGUAAAUGGAGAAAAUAACAAUAAUCCACAGAAAAGUGCUGAUGCUAAUGGCCAUGCUAAAACAGAUAAGAUUAAACAGACUGGUACCAAGAGUCCAAGUACAUCAAGUGAUACAAGAAAAGGAUCAUUGACAGGAAGCAAGAAAAUAUCAGGAAAACAUACAUCUACAACUACCAAGUCUGGGGCUUCAAAUGGACCCCCCAAGAAUCCUGGUCGUUCAAGUUCAACUGCAGUGCCUGCAACUCAGAAAACAUCAUCACGUCCUCGUGCAACAGCAAUGACAGGCACUCCCAACUCCAAAAGCACAGGUAAAACUGGGAGUGGAGGCAAACCAUCAUCACCAAAGUCUUCAACGGUUACGUCCAAACCAACAACUAACAAGAAAAAUGUAACAAGACAACCGCUUGGAUCACAUUAAGUAGAUGACUCUUUAACUUACUGAAUUUUAAAAUUGCUUAUAUCUUCCAAGGUCAGCCAACCAAUGAGGGUAGCUCACCAGGGUCUGAUAUUGGGAGUCUUGACCAAAUUAAGGGGUACUGAAUGGGCUUACAAAUGUACUCUUUGGUGUAAUUUUUAUGGGAUUUCAUUUAUUUUUUCAAGUCAUAAUAUUAUUUGUUUUUAUACAGGUCCAUUUAUGUAGUAAAUGUUUGAGUUUUAUUCGGAUAAAAAAAUGAGGAAUGUAACCUGUUUGUUUUCAAACUGCCAUAUCGUUGUUUAGAUGUAAGUAGUAGGCUUUGACUCCACCUCACUGUCCACAUGUCCUCAUUUGUGUAUUUCAUUUAUUAGUGUUAUUUUAAUAGUGUGCUGUUUCUUUGGUACUUUGUAUUGCACUCAUGCUAGACUCUUAUAUAUAAGUUAGCCAGCUAUCCAACUGAUUUCAUGUUUCCAGAAUUUAACAGAAAUUAUCUAUGCAUACAAUAUUUGUUCUAUUAUAAGUACAUCUUUGAAUCCUUGUAUGCCUGAUGCAAUGUUAUCAAGGAAAUGAAGUGACUACCAUCUUGACGAACAAAAUUAAACAUUUUUGUGGGACUCUCACAAAUGUGAAUUUACUGGGACGAACAUUUUGGGGUCAUGUUUUUUUUGAUUUCAUGCAUCAACAUUUGCAAAAAAUAUGCAAUGACAAAACAUUUAUGAUGUGAGACUGCAAAAAAAAAAAACAGGUUUUUAUUCCAUACCCACCUUGAAUUUUCAUUUGGAAUUUAAUCCAAAGCUUUAAUAACAGUUGUUAUUUGCCUACAGUAGAGCAUUGUUGGUUUGUAUUCCUGUCUAAUGCUUGGAGAUUGUAGAGGUACAUGAAUACAAAGAUACUUUGAUACAUGUGUGAAUUGUAAAGACACAUACAAAAGUUGUUAUCUAACUGAUGAGUCAUUUAUUUAGCUCCUAAUAAAUGACAUAUUAAAAUA